AACAGGCAUGGCGGACGUAACGAAUAACGACAGCGUGAAGAUGGCGGAGGGGGAGCGGAGUGCCGAGGAACUCAAGGAGAAGGCAAAUAAAUACUUUAAAGAAAAAGACUAUGAGAAUGCCAUCAAGUAUUACACUGAGGCCCUGGAACUGAACCCAGAUAAUGCCAUCUACUACAGUAACCGCAGCCUGGCAUACCUACGCACUGAGUGCUAUGGGUACGCACUGGCCGACGCCACGCGUGCCCUGGAGAUCGACAAGAAUUACGUCAAAGGCUACUACCGGCGUGCCACCUCCAACAUGGCACUGGGCAAGUUUAAAGCGGCGCUCAAGGACUAUGAAACGGUAGUGAGGGUGCGGCCCAAUGACAAGGACGCCAAGAUGAAGUACCAGGAGUGCAAUAAGAUAGUGAAGCAGAAGGCCUUCGAGAGAGCCAUCGCCAGCGACGAGCUCAAGAAGUCAGUGGUGGACUCCCUGGACAUCGAGAAUAUGAUGAUCGAGGACGACUACACCGGGCCUAAGCUGGAGGAAGGAAAGGUGACGCUGAAGUUCAUGAAGGACAUGAUGGACUGGUUUAAAGAACAGAAGAAACUGCACAGAAAGUGUGCCUACCAGAUUUUGGUCCAGGUCAAAGAGGUUUUAUCCAAACUUCCAAGUCUUGUAGAAAUAACACUAAAAGAGGCAGAGAAGAUUACUAUAUGUGGUGACACCCAUGGCCAGUACUAUGACCUCCUCAACAUAUUUCAGUUGAAUGGUUUGCCCUCAGAGACCAAUCCCUAUCUAUUCAAUGGCGACUUUGUUGACCGCGGGUCCUUCUCUGUGGAGGUCAUUCUCACGCUCUUCGGCUUCAAGCUGCUCUACCCAGACCACUUCCACCUCCUGAGGGGGAACCAUGAGACAGACAACAUGAACCAAAUGUACGGCUUUGAGGGUGAAGUUAAGGCCAAGUACACAGCCCAGAUGUUCCAGCUCUUCAGUGAGGUCUUCCAGUGGCUGCCCCUGGCCCAGUGCAUCAACGGCAAAGUGCUGGUGAUGCAUGGGGGCCUCUUCAGCGAGGACGGGGUGACGCUCGAUGACAUCCGCAAGAUUGACAGGAACAGACAGCCGCCUGACUCGGGUCCCAUGUGUGAUCUCCUGUGGUCGGAUCCUCAGCCCCAGAAUGGCCGGUCAAUCAGCAAGCGGGGGGUGAGCUGUCAGUUUGGUCCGGACGUGACAGAGCGCUUCCUGGAACAGAACAAGCUGCAAUACAUUGUGCGCAGUCACGAGGUGAAGAGCGAAGGCUACGAGGUCUCUCACUCAGGAAAGUGCAUCACCGUCUUCUCAGCACCCAACUACUGUGACCAGAUGGGUAACAAAGGAGCGUAUAUCCACCUCAGGGGAUCCGACCUCAAGCCAGAAUUUCACCAGUUCACUGCUGUGCCUCAUCCGAAUGUCAAGCCCAUGGCGUACGCAAACACCCUGUUGCAGCUGGGAAUGAUGUAGCAAUGUGGAGACCUCGUCUGUCUGCAGCUAUGGCGUCCCAUCCUUUCCUCUCAUCCCGUCUGUCAGUCUGCUAGACUUCUUUUGUCUUUCUUUCGUUCUCUCAAACAUCUUUUUUUGUUCCCAGAUCACAACCAACGGUACCCGUCACACUCCACCACUGUUUCUCAUACCCCACAUCCCAGUCCCAUCUUUUAUGAGUUCGGUUAGCCACAGGACAGAGUGCUGAUUGGAGGAGGUGUUGCUUGGUCUGCACCCGCUGAAGCAGGAUAACACAGAGAAAACUAAAAUUGGGCCUCACUGCCCUCUGUUCAAGGCAGGACAAAUAUGGUUCUGUUGCAGAAAUUUGGAGCUGCUUGUUUUUGAAAGGCUCAGUAAAUGAAUGAUUACUCCAGCUGCUUGACCCAGGGAGCUGGUUUGUACCAAAGACUUGCAACAGAAUAGAAUGGAGUGUCUGGCUGUUUGCAGUUUGGCUUUUGGGGCGGGGGACUUACAUUGGCAUACUGUACCAUUAUUCAUUCCUGUUCGGCCAGUGGUACUGACUGGUGAGAGCUGUGUUUGUGUGCGUGUGAUACUGUGACACUACAAUGGUCAAGUUAAUCUGCCAAGCUCUGUCUUUUUUUUUUAAGUAAACAUAUCCCCGCCUCCUCUUCCAAGAUGUGCUCAGAAGACAAACUGUUCCACUCAAAUCGACUGAAAAAGGAAUUGGUAUUUUUUGGGACUCUAUUGUCAUACAUCAGUAUUUGCAGAGGUCAUUCUCGUGGAAAAGGAAACUCACAGGUCACUCAAACAGCUUCAGCUUUUCAGUUCCCUGUGCUCCACGCUAUGUAUGGUAUGACACGGUCUGAUGACUUUGUGCUGGGAGAGUAAUCACUGACUGUCCUUUUUGAUUUUGGUUCCAUUAACACCCCCAGCACUGGCUGCCCAUUGGGAACCACUUGAACGCACAGACAACCCUCCCCUCCAACACACACACACACACACACGCACACACAUGUCUGCUCCACGACUCUGUCUGCUUGCAGACUGACAUGACAUCAGACCUUUAGAACCCAUCUUCCUGUUUCUAAAGCGCACAGCAACAUUGACAUGACAUCACAGACCUUUAGAAC